UUUGAUUCUUUUUCAGCUCAUUGUGUAUCUGCAGCUCCAAAAUGUGAUGAUAAAGAUCUCAAAGACUGCAUGGAAGAAUUACAAGUCCUUACAAGCAAGCAAGAUUUAGCUUUCGCUGAGACAGAUGACGAAUUGAGUAAAACAUGUGGGCAUUUGCAAGAUGCAAUGGAAUGCGUGAAUCAUUUUACUGUCCGAUGUUUUGAUAAAUCGAAGCAGGAGAUUUACCGGCAAUUGACUAGUGGUGCGCAGAAGCUCUUAGCGGAUCUCUGCACGGAAGGAUCAGACUUCCGGAAGCAAUAUUUGGUUCAUGCAAGCUGCUAUAAAAAUUUGACCGAAGAAUAUAAAAAAUGCGCCGAUAGUUUUUUGCUCCAACAAGAACAUACAAAAAAAAUUGAGAUGCCUGCUAAAGAAAGACUUCGAAAAUCUUGCUGCCUUUUUGAUGGUUACAGAGAAUGUACUAAAGUAGCCGUUAGAGAGAAAUGCAGUGAAGAAGCGGCAAAUCUUGGAGAACACAUCGUGACGCAAGCUGGUGGACCUUUGGUUGAAUUACACUGCUCGAAUUUCAAACACAAUUCUAAAGAUUGCCAAGCCUAUGCUUACAGUGCUGCUUACAGUUACGCCUCUUCUGUCAUGUGUUUGUAUCCACAUCAUCAGUUCUUUCUUUUGUCUGUUCUUUUUCUGUCAAUAUUUUACUCCUACUUGUCUAAUCGAUAGUAGAUUAAAAGCAGUCUGGACUCAUUCUUUCUCUUUAUUCGGAAUAACAAACCCGUAAGUUCAGGUUGUGAUAAUGAUUGCCUACUCCUUCUCAAAGAAUGAAAGAAACUGGAACCAACAUAUCGGGGAUAGAGAUUUUAUCAUUUCUGUCUCAUCAUUUUAUAUCUAGUUUGUUCUUGUUUGGGAAGGUAAUGGGAGACUAGCUGACAUUAAGAUACUGUAUACAUAAUAUAUCGAUAUCAUUUACACUUAAUAAAGAUAUAUAUACUAUUUAAAAUAGCAGUUUGUAUGGAAAUUUCAAUCUUGUUUUCCAAUUAAAAUGACACCAACUAUCUGAGUUCUUAUUUAUACGGGUAGUAUACCCCUGAUUAUGUUAAUUUUGAAAUUAAACUUUUUUUUAAUAUAUAGGCAUUAAAAUUUAAUUAAAAUGCAAGAAGACAAUCAGAAAUUUAAUUAAUGGGCGCAGUUAAUAAUAUAAGUAUUAACAUUGCUGUUAAUCACAUGACAAAUACUUAUUUUGUACUAAAAUUGCGAAAAAUUAUCGAAAUUAAUUAUAUUUAGCAUUAUAAUUUCCUUUUCGUUAAGGAGAUAUUUAAAAAAAUUAACAAAUGGUAAGUUAAAUAAUUCUGAACUCCUUUUCUUUUUACUGUUAUCAUUGUGUUUCAAUUCAUUAAUUACACAAAAAUGGAUUAUUAGAGCGGUUUUAGAAUUCUUAAUUUUCCUUAUUUUAUCUAUAUUUUAUUUAUUUUUUUAUUAUAUUUUCCCUCUCCCUUUUUCAUUUUUCCCCAAAAACCUAUAAAAAUCGAAUUUUUCAUUUAUCCUUCAAAAAAUGUAUCAUGCAAGGAAUUUAAUUGAAAACUGCUCGUGAUUUGCAGUGGUGAAUUUUAAUUAUAAAGCAAUUUUUCGAUUUAAAUGCAAUAAAACUCAUGCUACAUAUGAAGAACGUAACCAACGUUCAAGUAAUUUGGAAAGAGUAUUAAAUCAUUACGUUUAGAAAAUUACACUGUAUUUGGCCGCCAUAUAUAUUUUGCACGUGUAAAAUUGUUCCAAUUAUAUACGUUAUGUUGAUUCUCGUACAAUAUUUUAUUUCCUCUUCGUUUUAUUGUUUACUUUCAUAAUUAGGUUUCAAUUUACAAAUAACCUAUCUUCUUUGGCAUGUAAAGAACUGCCUAUAUUUUGAUGAAUUGUUAGAUAUUAAAAACCUGAGCGGAUAUAUUUCUUAUAUAAGAAAAUAAAAAAGAUUUUGUUGGUUUUUUUUGCUAAAGUGUUAAAGAUAUUGUUUUUGUUUUGUGUUUUGAUACAUGUUUAAAACAUUCCUUUUCCUAAAAGUAUAUAAGUAUUAAAGUUGCAAAAAUAGUAACAUUAAAAUUAAAUAUUUAUAAACUCUUUGCAAUCGGAUUAGAGAUAUUCUAAUACAAACCAUUUAUUCUUCUUUUAUAAUAUUCUUAAUGCAUUUGCUUCUACAGGGAAAAAAAGAAAGAUUUUUCAAGUGAAAUAGUAAUUAAUUGCAAAUUUUCUACCUUUAAAUUUAUAAACCGUACAACAGAAAUUUGAUUUGGUGUUUGUUGAUAAGCUUUUUGACAAGCUCACUUGAAAGUAUCCAUGACAUUUUUUUAGUUUCUUUCAAUUCUGCUCAAAGAAGAGUAGGCAAAAGAGUAUCACUUAAGACGGGAACAAUUCUGGUUUUUGUAUCAAAAAGCAUUUUGAUGUAUUGUAUGAUGACGAGAUUUUUUUCACGUUAAGGAUACAUUCGGCAUCUAUCUCCUCACGUAAAGAAAACUAUUCAUUUGUGUGUUGUGUCUUUUGAAUCGCAAGUGGAAAUCUGCGGGUAUCUUAAAGUGGUGCUAUCAAAGGUGGAUAUAUUACAGGUGUAUCAUUUAAGAACUUUUAAUUACUUGUUAUUGUUUGAUUGAUAACCAGAACAAAAUGCUGCCUGAUAAUAACCUCUCGCGACUUUUAUAUGAAGAAUUUGCAGAAUUAAAAUAUAAUUUCAGUAUUUUGAGUCCACUUGCUAAUUAUAAACCUUAUAUUUUCUUGUCUGUAAGACGUAGGUUAAUCUGGAACUUCUGAGAAAUAGUUUAACUGUGAAUACGUUUAAUUUUUUGCCAUUCAAGCGAGUUUACGAUGAACCUAUGACAAACCUGUUACAGGUUGCUCUCAAAUGUGUAAUUUGUUAUUUAAAUUAGGAAAAGAAUGGCAUAUCACAAGGAACAAAAGUGUAUGAAUGAAUGGUAUCUCCGGAGGCAAACAAGCAACAUUUUCAAAAAGUACUGUUGUAUUUAGUACGAUAUAUUCUGUUUAAACAGCUGUUAAAUUUGUGUGAUUUCUCUCGGUUUCUUGAAAAGAAAUCGUUCACUUUUUAUUAUUUGUAAAGCUGAUCUUUUAAAUGCUGUGUCCUUAUCCGUGUAUAUGUUAACAAUUCGCAUUGUUUAUCAUUUACUGCUGUAAAACUUUUAAUAAAACACAACACUAGUUUUUAGUAAAUCUGUCAUUAUUGUAGUAAGUUUGUUUUCUACCGUUAUUUCAUCUGUAAUUUGAUACUUAUAGAUUUAAGAGCAUAGAUUUCCAUAUCAUUGAGUGAAAGCGUUCUAUGGGCUAUUGAAGUAAAAUAUUUUGAAUACACUUUUAUAUAUAUUCACUUUCAAAUGCUUAUACUUUCUGAAUUUGAAUUUCCAAUUCGCAAUGAUAUGUUUAUUUUCUAUGGAAGAAAAUGCUUUCUGAUAUUUAAAAGAAAGUUGUAAAUAUUUUAAUGUACAUUAAUGUGAGUUUAUUAAUAAUUUAUGCUGAUUUUGGUGUUUGAGGCAAGAUAUAUUUAUUUCUGGAAUACUGUAUACAAUUAUUUGCAACAUUUAAAUGUGUGUAUGCAUUAAAAGCAAGAAAUCUAUAUAUGCUUAUUUAUAUAAAUUUACGUAACAUUAUUAUUACUUCAGUUUCUUUCAAUUUUUAUUUUCUUUGAAAAUCAUUUGUAUCUUGAUAAAAAUUGAGUUUAUAAUUAUCAAUGGAUUUUCAAUAAAAAUUUAAU